UUCUUCGGAAUCAGAAAAUUUGAAUCAGCGAUUCCGUAAAAUCCCUACGCCGCCGCAAGACCCCGCAGUCCCCAAUCCUCCUCCGGCGACGCGGCGACCCGACCUUGCUCCUCCUCCUCAUCCUCCUCUGCCUAUGGGGCGAGGACGCGAGAUUUCUCUUGCUCCCCAUCCUCCUCCGGCGACGGGGCGAGGACGCGAGAUUUCUCUUGCUCCCCAUCCUCCUCCGGCGAUGGGGCGAGGACCUGCAAAUCAUCCGGCUCGUAGCAUCCAAUCUAUAGCUGCCGAAUUGGGGAAUCUUCGGUUGUUCUUGCUGCUGUUGGAGACGCCCUCUGGCUUCGCAAUUUUCUCUUUUCCUGGGGUCCUUCUCUACUUACCAGAUGCCAUAGAGAGUAUCUGGGCAUACUUUUCCGAGGAUUAUAAGGCGAGAAAAAUCCUCUUGCUGAAAGAAUUUCGAACUUUUGAUGACAAGUCCAGUGCCAUUAACCUUUGUACUGGUGUUAACAAAAAGCUUACUAAGAUGAUCUUGAAGUGGCGACGCCCUGGGCAGAAAUUGGCUGUUGGAAAGCCUGAAUAUAAAACAAUCAUUGAAACAAGCUUGAAAAUACCCUGCCUGUGUGAUGAAGCUGUAAUGGAGGUAACGUGGGGCGUGAAGAAUCUCAUGCGCCGUUUAGUGCCUAAAGAAAAAUCAGGGCUGACUAAGGAGGACUGCCUCCCUAUGAGUGAAGGACUAAAAAAGGUCCUGAGUCGUUAUGGCUUUGAUGAUGUCAAACCAGAGAUGAUCAAUGAGCGGAUUAUUGUGACGGCAUGCGCAUUGUUUGAUUGUGAUUCUACUGAGAAGAAACAUUCUGCAUGCUUGUGCUGUUUUGGUGGCCUCAUUAAGGGUGUGUCUGGCAUCGACUGUGAGGAUUGGGGCUUACUGAAACUUGCAACUGCUCUGAAGGUGAUAUUUUGCCCUGAAGAAGUUGGUGAUUAUCAUGAGAUGUUGUCAAAAGAUGAGCUGUCAAAGUUGGUGGAUGAUGCACAUAAAUAUACAUGUAACAUUGGUAAGGUCCUGGGCGUGAUGGUCUACAAAGAAAUGGUCUCUGCCCAUGAAGUUAGGACUAAGGAAAAAAUACUGUUGGGGCACUUGGUUAUGGAGGCUAAGGAAGCAUAUGAAAAUGGUAAAGGCAAAUGAGCUCAGGAACUGUUACUCUGGAUGGAGUUGCAGUAAUUAGCCUGGUGUAGGCGGGCAACCCUCGGUGCUGCGGUUUAAAAAGUAUCUUUUCAUUUCCUGCUUUCUUUUAGUUAUCUUAGUAGUUGAACUCCUUUGUUUUUGUUUGGCUUAAACUGGACUGAACAAAUUUGCUGUAAUUUCGCUACCUAGCAAGUAAUGAAAUUCUAGGGGAGACCCUGUUCUGGAAAAAAAGAUAGCUGAAACUCCGCAGCUAACUAAUUUGUUCAAAAGGUAACGCAAGUAGGUUUGUAGGAUAUUACU